AAAUAAACAAACAUGUGUUAACAAAAUUUAUAUUUCCCAUAAGAAUCUCUAUAUGCCGAUAAAAAUGGCAAAUAAUUAUGAUAAUUGUUCGAAAACUUCGGUAUUUGGUAGAGAAAUAUACAAAGAGUUUGCGGAAAAGACAUUGCGAAUCGCUCCAAAUAAUGAAUGCGAGACUAAGUGAGACAAACAUAGGCCAAAACAUUUAAAUCUAGCUACCUCCUCAUUGUUGCUUGAAUAAAAUCUAUUAUUUAUGUUUUGCCCAUAAAAUUGUAAAAUAACACGCGAAUUCGUUUAAAAGAUUUAACUUUUUCCUAAAUACUUCCGCAACAAGAUGAAGAGUGUGAUUUUUAACCAAUAUAAGUGUAUAAGGAAGUGUUCAAUGUAUUGUUAGCUUUACUCAGAACUCUGGGUCUGGUUCUCGUCACUCGUUGUUAUAUGUUUCGUAUUGUUUAAUGCAACGUUAAUGCAAAUAUGUUAUCAAACUAACAAAGCUAAGACAAACUGAACUCAAACAGAUAGGGUUUAGAUUUUUAACGCUUCAAUAGUCUUGGUUUACAUUGACAAUACUUCAUACGGAUUGGUCGAAUCAUGUGUUCAUAAAUUUAUCGUACCCUUGACAUGUGAAAAAAAUAAGUCAACUACAGCAUAGAAUUUCACAAAAAGCUAUUACGAGGACAAUUGAGCAAGAGUCUUACGUCAUUAAUGUACGUAUACAAUUUAAAUGUUAUUGGCAGCAUGCUUUGCACUGUCCUAUGGUGACUGUGUGACGCUCAGUACACACCAGAAGGCUACCUUUAGAAUAUAGCAGUGUAAAUGUGCCGGCAGAACAGAACUAUACAAAUAUUAGAAGUCACCCUGUGUCUGAAGUCAUGGGAUUUGUUGGUAGAAAAGAUGAAUUGAUGGAACUAAAAAGUGAGUUUGACUCAAAAGACAUAUUUGCUAUAUAUGGAUUGCGUUCUGUUGGAAAAUCUCGACUUGUGGAAACUUUUAUAAAUCAGCUUUCAUGGAGAAGUAUUUGGAUCGACAUGGGAAACAUGAAGAGCAUGAGACCAGUGUAUAUGACCUUACUUCAGAGACUACUACCAGAUAGCGUCUCAGCACAACGCGGUAUUUCUAGAACACCUACUGUCGCUGUCGAGGACUGGUGGACCGGUAUUCAGAGUAUUAUCAAUGAGGGUGUGUCAGAGCCCACUGUCAUUGUUCUAGAUAAUGCUGAAGACGUGGUGGAGACAGAAAGAAUUGCGAUGGAAUUCCUUCAAAUGUGCGUUCUUCUUACAUCUACCUCGAGAAGUAUUAAGGUGUUCGUAACAUCUACAACGGAAAUGUCGUUUGAUGAAAACAGCAUGAUUUCCUUAUUUUCAUUUCAUCUGAAAGCUUUGGAUCAGGAAAGCUCGGCACAACUUCUUUCAGCUAAUGCACCAACCGUUAACUUCGGAUCCAAUAUGGCGACCAUCGUAGAAUUAUGUGAAGGUCUUCCUCUUGCGCUGUUGAUGACGUCAUCGAUUCUUGAGGACAAAGAAUCAUUGUUUGCUGCUGGCGAUAUGGUCCGUCUCCUUCGUUUAUGUCGUAUGGAAGUUCUGAGUCAAGCUUUGUAUCAAAGAAAAGAAAGAAUAGGCAAUGUCUAUGGGGAGUUUUUACGACGACUUUCAGUGUCUCUGAGAAACGAUCUCGCUACCUUGGUGUAUAUACCCGGAUCGUUUACAGACUCUCAGGCGAGCGCAAUGAUCGGAAACACGUCUAACAAAGAAACCCACAUAACCACAAUACAACCGAUAAUGCGGCGGAACAUCAUCCACCACAUCCGGGGUACGGAUCGGUAUGACGUCCACGGGAUACUGCGAGACUGCGUGGCUUUGUAUCUGGACGUGAAGAAUCUCCCAGAAACAAGGAAACGGUUUUGUAAGAUUUUCGCACGGCUUAUUAUCGCUAUCAGUGAGAAGGUAGAUUCUUCCGAGUACCUGGAGGGACUGUGUCUGUACAACUUAGAACGUCAGAACUUCCAGAAACUUCUCACUGACGUCAUGUAUACCACUGAGGAUACAUACGGGCUCUACAUGGAACUGGCCCUCAGGGCGACACACGUCAUACAGAGCUUCAUGAUAGAAUAUGAUUUCAAAUUCUACACCGAGCUGAUGCGAAUGUGUCGUAACAACAAGAACUAUGUGGAUGAAGUUUGUAUCCAGAUACAGUACGGCAGUGCACUCACCAACGUCCAGGGAGAUUUAAUGACUGGUGAGACGAACUAUAUGAAAGCUUUGACAUUUCUUGAACACAACUCGACCAACGAUUCCACACGGGACCUUCGACCAAUAAUGGCCUUGGCCUAUCAGAGAAUCGGAUGGAACAUCGGUUGUCAAGGCCGGUGUCAAGAGGCGUUAAGAUAUCUCUAUAAAGCCUUGAAGCUAGAACAAGAUCUAAACAUGUAUUAUGAAGAACUUGCCAUGUCAACAAUACAAAGUUUGUCCUGUUUCCAUGUCACUUCCGGUAACGUUAAGGAAGGUAUCAAAUUACAUCAGGAAGCUUUAAAGAGAAGAAUCGAGUGCUACAAAACUGACCAACAUCCAUAUGUUGCUUCCUGCAUCAACAAUUUAGGAAUUGCCUACAGAAAGUUGGGGCAAGAGGAAGAGGCUUUACACUGCUUCCAGCGAGCGCUUGUCGAAAAAAAGGACACCAAAGGAACGGGGAAAUCUAUCGCAAUAUCAAUGAAGAAUGUAGCUUGGUCACUAACUGAGUGUGGUAACCACGUCGAGGCUUGGGACAAGAUCGAGGAAGCAUUCAGCAUCCUAAACAAAACCCCAAACCUAUAUUUAGAAAUUCGGUGUUACUGUCAUGCUGUGGAGGGCAGAAUACUACGAAAUACUGGACAGGAUGAAGAAGCAAUUCAGAUAUAUAAGAUGUCUCUAACAAUUGCUAAAAGUCAUGCUCCUGUGUUUUUGUUUGAAUGCAUGAUUCAUUUGGAAAUAGGAGAGCUUCAGUUUAAAAGAAAACGAUAUGAUAUCGUUCUCAAAAGGCUGGAACAUGUAUUUAAAGUUGGUCCUUCGCUGAUUUCCGAAGAUCCCUCCUCUGACAUUUUGAUCGACUCUUAUGUCGUGGCCAUAGAUUGUCACGUAGCGUUACGUGAUAUGUAUAUGGCUACGCUCCGUGGUACAUAUGCUGUCAGAGAAAUUGAAAGGUUACUGCAAGUUUGCAAUGAUUUUGAACUUGAAGACAAGAUUACGACACUUAAAAAACGUGAAUAUGAACUGAAAGAAAAAAUAAGGAAUAUGAAAAUGAUAGAAUUUAAAGAUCAAUCUAAAACGAGCAAUUUACCAAAUUGAACUAUAGGAGUUACAGUUUUUAGUAUAAAUGUGUAAAUCAAAAUCAUCAAUGUUUGGUCAUCGUAAUGGAGUCCGUGGGAAAAGUAUGAAAAAGCAGGACUUAAGAGAAGUUUUAGUUUUGUCAAAUACAUAUCGAAAAAAGUGUUGGAGAAAAAAACAAUACCGUGUAGAUAUCACUUUUUAAUUCGGUAUGAUGUACUGAGGCAAGGCUUGAUUAGUAUCUUUGUAAUAAACAGUUCUACACUUAGUUGCAAAAGUAUCAAA